UCCUGAAUCACACACACACUCCUCUCAUCAGCGGCAAAGCGCCAUACCUCCCACACAAAUCGACCGUCUCCAUCACAAUCACAGCAUAACCAUGUCCGGGCCCUACGAUAAUCAAGGCGGCUACGGCUACAGCCAAGGAAAUUAUAACCAGGCUUAUCAAAGCUACGAUCCGAACUAUCCACAGAACGGCGCCGGCUACCAGGGCCAGCCUCAGCAAGGCUCAUACCCGCCUUACGGCGCACAGCAACAAUAUGGAGGACAGCAGCAACAAUACAGCGCUCCUCCCGCUCCAGACUACGCUGGAGGUCAAUAUCAUCAAGGCCAACAGAGCGGCGCGCCCCACUAUGGUGGCUACAACAACGGCCAGUCUCACAAUAAUCAGUCUUACGGGCAGCCUCACAAUCAGUCCUACGGCCAGACACCGGGCGGAGUUGCUCCCCCUCCACAAGGCUAUGCUUUCAACGACAACCAACAGCAGUAUCUGCAACAACAUCCUCCCUCGAACCCAAGCGAUCCCAUGAAUCCAUACGGAUAUACUCGAGAUCCAGCCGAUCCAAAUAACCCGCAAGAAGGCGAGCGAGGCUUCAUGGGAGCUGUUGCAGGGGGACUUGGUGGUGGGUUCCUAGGCCACAAAGCCGGACAUGGAAUCCUUGGUGCUCUCGCUGGCGCCUUUCUCGGCAGCAAGGGCGAGGACAAGUGGAAGGAGAGCCACAACAAGCCACACAACCGAUACUGAGCGUCUCCAUUCUCCGUAGGUUCAAGGCAGCGCAAAUUACUCGCUGGACAUAAACUAUGGCCUUUCCCUCAGGCCACAUCUUGGGGCUGUUCAUUAGACGGGUUUCAUCAAAGCAUUGUUUCUUCUAUGCGAGGCGUUCGGGGGGUCUGAGAUCGUUAAAAUGAAACACGACACUACCUAGCAAUUAGCAGAGAAGAAUCGGACCAGAGAAUGACAAAUUGAUAUACUUCUCCAGCAUAAUCGCAUGUAUUCUUGAGAUACACUUC